AUGUAAAGAAAAAAAUUGGAGCGAAAUUUCGUCAAUGAACAAUCGAUAUCAAAAUAUUUAAAGUGUAUUAUUUGUGCUGCUGUUUAUGAUGAACCAACUAGAUUAAAAUGUGGGUAUUGAUUUAUUUAAAUGAAGUCAUACUUUUUGUAAAACAUGCAUUAUUGAAUGGUUAAAUAAUCAUCCUAAUUGUCCUGAAUGUAGAGCUGAUACAUAAUAAAAGCAUUUUUAAAGUAUUUAUUAUUAUAUUAUAUUUAAGCUGAUCGUAUUGCUGCAGGAAUUAUAAGUGAAUUGGAUGUUUAUUGUUUAAAUAGAAAGUAUGGUUGUAAAUGGAAAGAUGUUUUAGAUUAAUUAGAAAAUCAUUAAAAGAAAUGCACUGCUAAAAGUGUUGCAACAUAACUUAAUUUAAAAAUUCAAUCUUAUUAAGACAAUGAUGAGGAUAAUGAACUUGCUUAAUAAAAUGAUCCAGGAAAUUUAGUUACAAGAAUAUAUGCUAAUUUAAAGGAUAAAAUAGAAGUAAUUGAUGCUUUAAAAUCUUCAAAUGAAAAUACAAAAGAUAAUAAUUUAGAAAAUGAUGAUCCAUUAGCAUUUUUGGAAGAAUUGCAAAAAUUUUCAGAUAAAAGUCCUUUAGAAGAGAAGAGAGAAAUUACUUUUAGCGAUGUUGAUAUACCUAAAUAAUGUCGUGAAAGAAUAAUAUAAUAAUAAAAUAAAUGA